UCCACGAGUAGUGGGCUGCGGAAUUUUGUUUUGUUUUUUUUUUCUCCCCAUCCCAUCCCGGCCCUGACGCCGCCGCACGACGGCCGGCCGCGGCCGCCGCCGGGGAGGUCGCCGCCGAUGAGCCCCACCGCGCCGUCGCGUACGGGUCGUGCUCUCGCCCUUCUCCCUGUCCUGGUGCUGCUGCUCCUCGUCUGCUCGCCAGCCGCGUCAGCUGGUACGGGACAAUCGCCACCCCACCGCGACUCUUCUUCCGAUCUCGGAGAACAGAAAGGUGUAUGUGUUUCGCCUGGUGGACGAUUCCCUGCCUUCUCAUCUGAAGGUAAGCGUCCUGGAAGAGCAGCUAAGGGGCGCAGAGAUCUGGCACUAUGUAGAGUAUUCCGGCAGAACACGUGUUGCGAUGUGUCCCAGACAUUUUCUGCCCUGCUCUCAGUGAGAAAGCUUGCAUCGACUGGUGAAGGUAGUCAAGAAUGCCUUCAUCUGUGGGAACUGCUCGAGUGUUCGAUUUGUGAUCCACGGGUGGGUGUUAGGCCUGGACCUCCAGUUAUAUGUGCAUCAUUCUGUGACAUGGUUUUCAAAGCUUGCUCAGAGGCGUACUUCGCUAUCGAUGUGAAAACACAGGCAUUGUCUCCAUGUGGUUUAGGUGACAUCCUUUGUGGCAAAGCACAUAAAUGGGUCUCUAAUGGCACAGAGCUAUGUCGCUCUGCUGGUUUCUCUGUGCAAGCUUUGGAGACCACCUCGGGUGGAGUGGAUGACACUUUCUGCUAUGGUGGGAAAGCAAGUUUUGAUGCCAUCUCUAGUUCAUGGACAUCUUCAAAAGAGCGUCCAGUAUUAAGUGAUGUGGCCUCUUGGAAUCUUGAAGAUUUUCGCAGAUGGGCAAGAGAAAUGCCUGCUAGUGAAAGAGUUUCAUGGGCAAUUGGAGGAAUGGUUCUUACAGCAGGCCUUAUAUUUAUCAGUUUGUGCAGUAAACGGAAGAGCUACAUUCCUGGCCAAAAGCAAGCUGCUAUCGCCCGCAAUGUGAGAAAGCUGGAAUCAAGAGUUAACCCACAGCAGCUUAGGCGAAAUUAGGAAUGCGUAGGUAGCAUGGAUUCCUAUUUCCACCACUUUGUGAUUCUUAUAUUUGAAUCUGCAAUGAAUUUACUGUUGAAGAUGUCCUCUACACUGGUGGUCAGAUAGAUGGAUGGCGUCACUGGUUACAACCUCCUUUGUCAUCCUUGCGUAGAAGAGCAGAAGAGAUCUAUUAAUUCUUGUUCAGGUUAUUUCUGUCUGCAGGAUUUAUAGAUUUGCUUGAACAUAUGUAUAUAGUUUUGGAAUGGAAUCUUCAGAGAUUUUCUUCAUACUCCUUCAGUAACUCUUGCAUUCUGUCUAUUUUUAAUCAGCACGAGUUAAAGCACUCGUUCAAAUAUGUUUUGCUCCAGAUAGCCCUUAAAAGAAA